AAGCAGCAUAUAAGGAGGUAGCUAGCAAAGGAAGGGUGGCUUCGAGUCAGCUCUGGUGGUUGUACUACGUUGCCCCUGUACGUCUCUGCACGUGCAUUACUUAGACCCUCUACGUCUUUGAGUGAUUAUUGCCUUCACAACAACAACAUUUGGUGACCCCGACGUGAUUCGCUGAAUCGGUUGGAUCAAGAACCCUCGGCAGAAAAGCACUUGGAUUUCUGCUGGAAAAGGCAAGUAAUCUGAGCAAACUGAUAUAAUGGGAAAAAUGCUAAGCAAAGAGGAAAGUCCUAUUGACACCCUCCAGCAUAUCCUUGCGGAAAAAGGAUUCAAUUAUGAAAGAGAGCCUUUGCUAAGGCUUGUAAGAUGGGGACAGGAAGUGGGUCUCUUUGCUUCCCCCCAAGAAGUGUAUGAAAAAGGACACUGGGAACAGCUAGGAGACAUGUUGAAUAAUGCUAUCGGUUUGUGUAAAUUGGUAUCAUCCAUUAUACACCAGCUAGAAGCUGAGCGUGCUGCCGCUGCUGCCAUGAAAGCAGAAGCUGCUGCACCAUCUGCGUUCCCGGUGGAUGCUAAAAGAUUCUUUGGAGGUGGUGACUUUAUAGUGCCAUCGGCUCCACCUCUAGAAGAAAAUACUCAGAGAUUCUUUGGAGGGGAUAAUGUCGUAAUACCCUCGGCUCCACCUCUGGAAGAGGAGAGCAUGGAUGUGAGCCCACCUCCCCCAGAACCCCCUAGAGCACCGUUCCAGGAGCCGAAUACACACAUUGCUUCUCCUCCCCUCCCACCCACCCUUCACCAUCCUGCCCCAUCCCACCCUUCUGCUAUACCUGAAGGAGUACCUAACAGAGAACGGAAGGUACGUUUUACAAAUGAUAUGCCGUUGCCCCUGAGCUCAUCAAUCCCUGAGUGUAUUCCUCUGCCAUCAUCACCCCCAACUUCUAGUGAAGAUCAACAAAGACAAUUAUUAAAGGAAGAGUUAAUACAACAUGGAGAAGAUAUGAAACACACUUUGGCCCAGCUGGAGGAACUGAUAGAAAAACCAAAAGCAACAGCUAAUCAGCUGUUGGAACGAAUUAAUGAAUUAACCAAAACAAAGAUUAAAGUUUCAUCCCCACAGGUACUCAGAGAUCCUCGUCCAGAUGAUUAUGAUCCGGCUAAGAAAUGGAGAGGCCUCAUACGUGAUGCGGUAAUCGAAGGCGAAUUUAUUCCGCAAGCCUUUCCAGUAAUAACAGCACAAAGAAAACGACAAUGGGCACCUUUAGAUUGGAAAUUGGUAAGAGAAGGCCAGAAAGCAGUAAUGCAAUAUGGCUUGUCCAACCCAUACGUUCAGACAUUACUAGAUCAUAUUUUUGCCAGUGGGUUAAUGACUCCAUUUGACUGCCGGAAGCUUGCAGAAACUUUCCUGAAGCCCACUCAGGUAUUAUUAUGGGAGUCUGAAUGGGAAAAAAGAGUUGAUCUGACGGUGGUGGAAAACAUGGACUUACAACAGGGAGAUCCGCGGCGAGUUGUCACAGCAGACAUGAUGCUGGGUAAAGGAGCAUUCGCUGAUCCUCAGGUACAAGCCCGGCUGCAUGAAGCUAUCUUGCAGCAAACACAGACACUGGCACGUCAGGCAUUUAAGAUCGUUCCUGAUAUGGGGGUGCCAGUUCCCUCAUAUACAACUAUUAUUCAAAAACCUAAUGAGCCUUUCAUGACCUUCUUAGACCGCCUAAGAGCAGCUCUGGAUCAUAUACCAAACAUGUCGGCUGAAGUCAAGGCGGAAAUAGGGUUACACUUAGCAGUUGCUAACGCUAAUCAUGAUUGCAAAAAGAUCCUGCAGGCUCUCCCGCGGACAGCAACUUUGGUCGACAUGAUAGAAGCCUGCUCUAGGGUAGGAUCGUCAGCACAUUUAGCUGAGGCAAUGGCAACAGCAUUGAAACCUUUAGUUCAAGCCCACAAAGGAGAUCGGAGGCCAAAGUGCUUUAACUGUGGAAAAAUAGGACACGUGAAAAAUCAAUGUCGGUCCAGACCAUUGGUAUGGACAAACAGCUCCGCCAGGCCAUCUGGGUCCAAUGGCAGAUUUCACGGUAAUUGUUACAGAUGUGGCAAGUUUGGCCAUAGAGCCACUGAGUGCCGCUCUCGAGUGGCCAGACAAACAAUGCAUAAGGGAAACGGGUUGACGAGCGCAAAAAGGGCGAGCGCGAUGACACAAAAACGCCCUUCAACACCAAGAGCUGCCUGGAUGGCCUCAGAUCAGCCACUGCAGGAAGCGCAGGAGUGGAUGUGGAAACAGCAGUAGAUGUAACCAUCCACAACACAGAGGGAAAGGCCUGGACCAGCAUCGCAUUCUACAAGAAGUGAACCGACAGUUAAGCAACUCCGGGUUGGUGAUCGCGCCAGAGAAGGUACAAAUGCACGCCUCUUGGAAAUAUUUAGCCAUGGUCUGGGCCACAGCCUUAACCAGUGACAGUUCUCGAGACGUCAUAAGACAUUGGAGGAGUUGCUUUGCUGUCCUUGGUGUUCCAAGAGAGAUAAAAACUGAUAAUGGCUCGGGAUACAUAGCCAGUAAAACACGUAAGUUUCUAAACUUAUGGGGUGUUAAACAUACUACUGGUAUCCCAGGAAAUUCCACCGGUCAAGCCAUUAUUGAACGGACACAUCAAACCUUAAAAGGCCUUCUAGAAAAACAAAAAACGGGGGAAGAGGGGGUGAGUCCUCAAGACAGACUAAUGAAAGCCCUUUAUACAAUGAAUCAUCUCAGAAUUGUGGCAAACCGGAAUGAACCACCGGCAUUAACA